CGCCGACCUGCAGCUGCCGUCGUUCCGAAUCGCAAAAUAGCGCCAGUGUACUCUUGGCCAGUGUACUCUCUGCCUGGCCGAAACAAAACUCUGACGCGGCGCAAACAAGAAAAAGAGCAGAUAAGCAGCUCGGCAAAGUGCAAUAAUCAAUAAACGUGCUAUUCAAACAUCACUUCGCACAAUACGCUUUUAUGGCUUGAUUAGAUCCAAGUUGAUUGUGAAAUUCCUGCUAAAAAAAAAAAGAGAAACUCCCAUGUUUUUUUGAUGUAACGGUCGGUUCGUCCAGGCACCCUUAGAAACGAAUAUUCGUAUAUUUUCCAACUUGAAGUUUCCCCAAUUUCGGGGGUGGUUUUCCUCCUGUGUGUCAGUGUGUGCGCGCGUCCGUGGAGCAGCGCAAAAGAGGAAGAAAAAUCCAUGAAUAUAAAAGUCAAGUGCGCUAACCGUUACACCCGUACUCGUACGUGAAAAAUAACCGUUGUUAGCCUUGCCGCAACAGUAAAUUUCCAUUUGGCCAAGGAACGAGCAAAAUGUCUCUGGAGGAUCCGUUUUUCGUAGUCAAGGACGAGGUAUUUAAAGCUCUGAACAAAACACGAGGCCUUUACCUGCGUUGGCGCGAGCUGGGGGAGGACGGUGGAGCAGAGGUUGAAUGGACCACCACUGAGCUGCGUAACUCGUUGCGGAGCAUCGAAUGGGAUCUCGAGGACCUCGAGGACACUAUCAGCAUUGUCGAGAAGAAUCCGACCAAGUUUCGGAUCGACAACCGCGAACUCUCCAGCCGGCGCCACUUCAUCGACAACACCCGCGAUGAGGUCAAGCAGAUGAAGGAUAAGAUGAGCCUGAACCGGAACAGGGACAGAGACAUAACCGCACACCAGCCACUCCUCGACAACGAUCGCAACAACCCCAAUCAGAAUCAACCAAAUCAUCACACCAUCUCCAAUUCCAACACCAACUCAAACGAGUACCACCUCCAUCCGCACAACGAUCGCACUUACCUGGUGGAGUGCCCCAGCACCUUGAACGGCAACUCACUGAUCAACAGCGGCAGUCAGGCGGUGGCCAAUACCAUAGCGGGCACGAUGUCAGCAGCGGCAGCGGCUGCUUCCCGCCACAGCGGGACCAGGUACUCGAAGCUGGAGAAUGCCCUUGACAGUCCCAGUCACUACGGGCAACCGCAUCAAGCCAGCAGUCUGGACAGCCCCGGCCACAGGUAUGUGGGCGAGACGGUGUCCAUACAGCAGCGCAUGAUCCAGGGUCAGGACGAGCAGCUCGACAUGAUCAGUGAUUCUAUAGGCACCCUGAAGACUGUAUCGCGGCAGAUCGGCGUCGAGUUGGAUGAACAGGCUGUGAUGCUGGAUGAUUUUGGGAACGAGUUCGACACAACAGAGUCAAAGCUGGACACGACCAUGAAGAAGGUUGCCAAAGUGUUGCACAUGAAUAAUGAUAAACGUCAGUGGGCUGCUAUUCUCAUCCUAACGGGGCUGUUAUUGUUUGUGAUAAUUCUAUUUAUUAUUUUGUAAUUGCGUUUUGUUUGGAUUGUUUCCAGAUCAGUUAUUUUUAAUUUUAUUUAGUGUAAAUUAGUUGUAUUAGUUAAUGCUUUGGAUUCCCCUUUGUUUGGAUAUUCGAAAGUAAAUCAUAUAUUUUAUAUUCAAACAAACUAUCAGCAGAAUCCAAGUAAACUCCCUUGCUGUAUAUACACGUACAUAUACUUAACUUUUAAAUCCACUAACGUGCAUAUAGUAUACGGAAUACAUAUGCAUUUCCAAAGUUAAAGACAAAGACCGAACGAAUGAUCAUGUAAUAAAAACUAACUAUAUAUACAUACAUACAUGCAUAUAUAAACCAAAUAAUCAAGAUU